GACACGGAGACGCGGCGAUAACAGAGUGGAGUUUGUCGGAGUACUGGACAUAUUAUAAUGCUUCAGCACGAGCGUUCUCAGUGAGUGCGCGAAUUUCGUCGAGGCCGUAUCAUGGACUUACAAAUGAGGAUGUUGCUGUUAUUCAUGGUCGCGCUGUACCAGCCGACGAUGCAGUUGACGUUUCGAAAUAAAUUCGCCGAGAAUCGGCAACCAACAGUCAAUUACGACACGCCGCCGCACAGCACCAGAUACAAAUAUGAGAUCAAAACGUUCGACGUGCGCGUGGAUCACUUUAGUUUUGCUGUACAGGAUACUUUUAAGUUGAGAUAUCUCAUAAAUGAUACUUGGUCGAAAACAGAGAAUGCUCCUAUAUUCUUCUAUACUGGUAAUGAAGGUAGAAUCGAAGUUUUUGCACAGAAUACGGGCUUUCUAUGGGAAAUCGCCCCACAAUUCGGUGCAUUGGUAAUUUUUGCCGAACAUCGUUACUAUGGCGAAUCACUACCCUAUGGAAACCGGUCCUUUGCGGAUCCGCGUUAUCUUGGAUAUCUGACAUCUCAGCAAGCCCUAGCCGAUUAUGUGGAGCUUAUUGGAUAUCUGAGAUCGAAACAAGGAUACAAUCGCAGUCCGGUCAUAGUUUUCGGUGGUUCGUAUGGUGGUAUGCUUAGCGCUUGGAUGCGUAUGAAGUACCCUCACAUCGUUCAGGGCGCUAUUGCAGCCUCCGCGCCAAUUUUACAAUUCACCGACAUCGUGACAUGUGAGGCUUUCGCUCGAAUAGCAACGUCGGAUUUUCAUAUUUCGAAUCCAACGUGUCCGCAGCUUAUUCGGAAAGCGUGGAGCACGAUAACCGAGGUGACUUCGAAUGACGAGGGUAAAAAGUGGUUGUCAAAUAAUUGGAAAUUGUGCGAGUUACUGAAGACUACGGAACAUGUUCAGAUAUUGAAAGAUUUCUUGCAAAAAGUCUAUAUAAAUCUGGCUAUGGUCAAUUAUCCGUAUGAGACUAACUUCUUAACGCCGUUGCCGGGCAAUCCAAUUAACGUUUUCUGUCAACACUUGACGAAUUCUUCGUUGACGGGAAAACCAUUGUUAUCGAUGCUUUAUCGCGCUAUUAGUGUUUACACAAACUAUACCGGUAAAGCGAGUUGCAUUUCCACAAAGAAUGCGGAGCCGGGUUUGGAUGACCAAGGAUGGGAUUAUCAAGCGUGCACAGAAAUGGUGAUGCCGAUAUGUACCGAUGGCGUCAACGACAUGUUCGAGCCGGCAGAAUGGAAUUUCAAGGAGUACAAUAAUACCUGCUUUAACAAAUAUUCAGUAUCGUCGCAGCCUUAUCUAAUUUGUCAGCAAUAUGGCUGUAAAAAUCUUAACACUGUGACUAACAUCAAUUUCAGCAAUGGAUUACUAGAUCCAUGGGCGAGUGGAGGGGUAUUGCGCAACUUAUCCUCGUCAGCCAUCGCUAUCCUAAUACCGGAUGCCGCGCAUCAUCUCGACUUACGAGAGAGCAACAGCAACGAUUCGUACAAUGUUAACGUGACGCGCAAAUUCCAUCGGUACUCCAUCAAGAAAUGGAUCGCAGAAUAUUGAAGGGUUUUAUUUCGCAAGUAACUUUUGCCGGCCUGUUUGAAAUUCUUUUUCUUUAUUUCUGAAAUUAUAAAUACAAAAACAGGACACGUACACCGCGACAAACAAUAGUCAACGCUGCUGCGCGGACUGAUUACUUACAACGAAGCGUUGACAAAAACUUAAUCGAAAAUAUACGCGAAAGUAUUUUAGUAUCACAGUAAAUAAUAAAUGCACAUUAUUCAUCGGGCAUUCUAAAAGAGUUACGAGAUAAUAUAAGAUGUUCUCAAACAACGCGAAAACAUUUGAAAAAAAAUGUCUGAUCUCUUUCUGACGUUCACAAUACAGAUAUUUUAGAUAUUUGCGUUGUCUAAAAUAUCUUGUUUCAAAUUUAAUAAAUCUCUUCAAAUCUAAUCUUACUACUAGAUUAUGUAAAAAUGACUACUUUAUCAAAUAAAAACUCGUAAUACUAUCGAAAUUAUUUGACACUUUAAUAUUCGACAUUAAUUAUAAAUAUGCGCACUGUUAUUAUUCUUAGUUUUUAUCUUUUUAUCGCUUUGUAUACUUUUUGAUGCGAUAUUUAUUCAAAGAAAUUAUGUAAAGUGUAAAAUAAGCGAGCGAAAACAAUCAAGCUAUCAAAGAGAUAUACGAAUUUCUAAAUGUAGAAUAAAUUUUUUUCUUAAGAACGUCGGAUUUUAAACGGAAUCCAUAAAUAUCGUGUAAAUAUUGUGAUUUUAUAUCGUCAAUUUUCUUAAACUCUCGAGUCCUUUUUAUUCCGCAGGUACAGUAUGUUUCCAUUUUUCUAACGGACUUAUAUCGUUUUUCGCAAUCAUGAUCUCUUUCUCGCAUAUAUCGUUAAUAAAUAAAAAUGUACUUGUAAUAAUUUAAACACACAAUUCAUGCGUGUGCUUGUAUUUUGGGAUACUAUAUUAUAUUCUAAAAUAAAAAUAAAAAAAUGAACA